CUUUGUCUCAUCCAAACUUUAACUCUUUCUUCUAUCUUGGUUUUGAUUUGUUUGGACUCACUAACCUACUAAUUUGUAGUUUUGAGUUUGAUUCAUUCAGUUCAAAAGAAAAUGAGUUCAUACAAUGACCAGGUGAGCUACGCCUCCAGCCAGGAUCACGAUUACAAUGUUAAUGAGGACGAGUCAUGGUCUACAUCUCUUCCAGAAAGAGAAGGUCAAGAGUACUCUCGGCUCAGAGACGAUAUCACCAGCGGCAAGAAAACAAUGGAAGAGAUAUCCAGUUCAUUGAAGGACGUUGCAACGAAGCCUUGGAAGACAGACAAGAAGAACAUCUCAAUGGAAGAGUACUGUGAGCUCUUCAGGCGUCAUCACUUCGUCGGGACUAGACGUCAUGAUUCAAAUGCACCAAGGGACUCAACCUAUGAACCGGUUCAAGACGUCUACGAAGUGCCAAGGCAAUCCACCUAUGAACAAAGGGAAGCAGACACUUCCCAGGCACCAGCAAGACACUCCUCUCACGAACCUAGAGAGCAUAGGAGAAGAAGGAAGCAAGCACCAGUUCGCUCAGGUAGCAAGGCGAUGCUCUUCAACGCCAGGCGACCACUAAACCGCCGCGCUGAACGCCAAGCCAACCCUGCCAUCGAGCAUCCUGCACCAGAGGAGGAAGAGCAACAACAAGGUCCCAACAUUCCAUGGGAAUACACCAGAGAGGAGAUGGAUGACUACAUCUCCAGGACCUUCCAGUGAGGUACCACACUCUACCACCAUUGUUUAUACCAUUUCUUGUUUUCUUUCUUUAUUUGUUUGUCCUGAGUACUCUCUUCCAAGUUUGGUCACACAGAGGACUGUGUGAUUCAAGUUUGGGGGAGGGCUCAGGAAGUAUCUGAUGUGUUUGCUUUGUUCUUAUUUUCAAAUUUUUGCAUUGUACAUACUCUUGAGUCUGCAUGCAUCUAUGUCAUUGAAAAAAGCCUAAAAAUUUGA